AUGGCCAACCCCCCACCCCAGAUCAUGCGUGGCAUACGAAGGAAACCGCUUGUGCUCGUGGGCGCAGCGGCGUUUUUCUUGGCGGUGUACUGGCUUGUGUUCUCGGCGUCGGCGCCUCCCCAGUUGCACUCGGCGCUGAGCACCAAGUACUCGUACACAAAAAAGAGCGGCGGGUGGUUUUCGCUGGGCAGCCGGGACCUGCCGAUUUUGGUCAACUUGCCGAAAAACCACAUUUCCCACUACGACUUGAACAAGUUGCACGCGGCGCCCGACAAAGCGCACGCCGCCGAGGUGUUGAUCUUGACGCCCAUGUCCAAGUUUGUUCCCGAGUACUGGGCCAACUUGAACGCGCUCACGUACGACCACAAGUUGGUGUCGUUGGGCUUCAUUUUCCCGCGCACCGCGGAGGGCGACCACGCCAUGAAGCAGUUGGAGAAGCACGUGAAGGCGACGCAGCGGGGCGCCGGCCGGUUCAAGAAAAUCACCAUGUUGCGGCAGGACUCGCCGUCGUUGGAGUCGCAGACGGAGAAGGCGCGCCACGCGUUGCUGGUGCAGAAGGAGCGGCGCUCCAUGAUGGCGUUGGCCCGCAACUCCUUGGUGUUCACCACGCUCGCGCCGGCCACGCGCUGGGUCAUGUGGAUGGACGCGGACAUUGUGGAGACGCCGCCGUCGAUCCUCGAGGACAUGAUGGCCCACAACAAGCCGGUGCUCAGCGCCAACGUCUACCAGCGGUACACCAAGGACGGCCAGCCGGCCAUCCGGCCCUACGACUUCAACAACUGGGUGGAGUCCGAGGAGGGCCUCCGCUUGGCGGGCGAGAUGCCGGACGACGACAUCAUAGUCGAGGGCUACAGCGAGAUCGCCACCUUCCGGCCCUUGAUGGCGCACUUCUACGACGAGAAAGGCGACGCCUCGGUCGAAAUGCCCUUGGACGGCGUGGGCGGGGGCGCCGUGCUCGUGAACGCCGACGUGCACCGCGACGGCGCCAUGUUUCCGUCGUUCCCGUUUUACCACUUGAUCGAGACCGAGGGCUUUGCCAAGAUGGCCAAGAGGCUCGGCUACGAGGUCUUUGGCUUGCCAAACUAUUUGGUCUACCACUACAACGAGUAG